CGUCCAUUCUGGAUAGCUUUGUAUUUCCUGUUGCCAUGUGCAAUGUCGGAAUUCAGUCGAGUGUGUUUUCGUAGUUCGGCAACUUGAGAUCCGAGAAGGCACGGCUGCAAAGCAAGUUCUGUGUUAAAAAUGAUGCAGAGAGACGUAGCGAGCUUUGCUUUCGCUCCUGCAGUGAAAGUGAGGCUGAUCAGCGCUGGGUUCCUGACUGCUAAAGACAUCUGCGACCUCAGACCGACCGAGCUAAGCAAAGAGGCAGGGAUCUCCCAGCAGGAGGCGCUAGAGGUGCUGCAGGAGGUGCGACGGGGCCCGGCCGAGCAGGGGGCAGCAGAGAGCAGGCUGACGGCUCUGGAGCUGCUGGAGAGGGAGCAGGCGCUGGGCACUGUCAUCACCUUCUGCUCCGCACUCGACCAGGCACUAGGGGGCGGCAUUCCCGUGGGCAAGACCACUGAGAUCUGUGGGGCGCCAGGAGUGGGCAAGACACAGCUCUGUAUUCAGCUGGCCGUGGAUGCUCAGAUCCCCGGGUGUUUCGGGGGGCUGGGGGGGCAGGCGGUCUACAUCGACACGGAGGGCAGCUUUCUGGUGGAGAGAGUCGUGGACGUGGCCACUGCUGCUGUGCAGCACUGCACUCUGAUCACAAAGGACACGGAGCAGCGGGAAGCCCUGCAGAGUUUCACUGUUGAGACUGUCCUCUCCCAGCUCUUCCUGUUUCGCUGCCAUGACUAUGUGGAGCUGCUGGCUCAGACACAUCUCCUGCCAGACUUCCUGUCUCAGCACCCCAAGGUGCGCUUGGUGGUGAUUGACAGCAUCGCCUUCCCUUUCCGCCACAGUUUCGAGGACCUGUCCCUUCGAACUCGGCUCCUCAACGGCCUGGCCCAGCAGCUCACCCAGAUAGCCAGCCAGCACAGUGUGGCAGUUGUCUUAACCAAUCAGAUGACAACACGAAUUGGGCAGAACCAGUCCAUGCUUGUCCCAGCUUUAGGGGAGAGCUGGGGUCAUGCUGCCACACAGAGGCUUAUCCUGCACUGGGAGGGCAAGCACAGGUUUGCUUCACUGUACAAGUCUCCAAGUCAGAGGGAGGCCACCGUGCCCUACCAGAUAACACCACAUGGGUUCCGUGAUGUCCAGCUUCCUGACCCCUCGGUGACCCCUGCCGACCCUUCCCUGACACCAAGUCUGAAUUCUCGCAAGCGGCCCCGGGGGGAGGAGGGGGAUCCCUCGGACGCGUGACCCCCAAUGAAACGUGGGGGUCGAUGACUGUUGGACUUGGGAAGUGUGUGCCUGGCACUGGUGGAGCCCUAUACUGACUCUCAGGGGGGGUCUUAAAACCUGCUGCACAGGAAGUGAGUUUAUAGUGCGGUGGCAUGAUAAAUGGACUGAAAUUCAAGUCCAGGUUCAACGUCUCAUUCGGAGAACGAGGAGGAGAUGUUGGGCUGGGAUACUGACUGUGAGGAUCAUCAUGCCAUUGCACAUUCCUGAGCUCAUACUUUCAAUAAAGGAAGAAGUGCUUCAGUUGGA